AUGACGAAAGAAGAGGAGGAACAAGUGAAUGAUAGCCCAUGGUGGUUAAAGCUGGCAGCUCUUGGAGAUUCCACCAUGGCCUUAUUCUGUUCAUUUGCUCUUUUGGUGGUAUCCGUUGUCAUCGCGCUUGCUAUUGAUGACACCCCAGAGAGUGACCCAGCGUAUCGAGCACUCGGUCCCCCACCGAAAAUCGACCCACCCAAGAUUUUUCAAUACCAGAAUGGCAUGCCUCUCGUUUCAAACGAAAUGCGAAUUGCCUUUCAGAAAGAUGGUGUGAUUGCUGUUCGGGGCCUUCUGGAUGAUGAUUUGUUGAAACUCUUGGAUACUGCAUCGGCCGACCUUGUUGAAGAACAUCAACGAAAGAAACCACGGGGAGCUUUGUCUGGUGGCAAAGUGCCCCGGCCGAAACAGUUUUAUAUGGCGAAUCAUUCUUUGAUGUUACAGAAAGAUCCAGAACUUCAAGAUUUAGACAACAAUCCCUUUCUCAAGGUUUCUUUACAGUCAAGAAUACCCAUGGUCGCCGCAGAUUUGUUGCAAAUGGAGCAGAACGAGACUCUUCGGGCUAUGCGUGACAUUUUUCUAGCGAAGGACGAGGAUCAAUUUAUUUGUGGCUGGCACGUUGAUGAUACGGGAUUCUGGCCGGCAACUGCAGAAGCCCCUGGUGUAAAUGCUUGGCUUGCUUUGGAUGACAUGCCACUGGAACGAGGAGGAGGCUUUGCGUUGGCAGUUGGCUCUCAUACAGCCCCAUGGCGAGAGGAAGCAUAUAAUGUCACAGGCAGCACACAUACAUUCCCCAAAGAGGGUUUUCGUUCUGCUUCCGACAUGCUAGACAAUAGAAUGGGCAAUGGAACAUGCAACAUCAAAACUGCUGCAAAUCACAUCUACAGAAGAAUGGAAGAAACCAAACGAAUUUAUGAAGUUCAGAGAGGUGAUGUCAUAUUCAGUGAACGGUGGCUUUUUCAUAGGACAGUUGCAUUCGACAAACAAGCAAUCAAGAAUCGACGUGCGUCCGGGGAGCAACAUCUGGUUUCACGACGAUAUUCAAUACGAUACGGACCCGGCUCAUCUGAAAUCCCAAAAGGGUGGGGCACAGAAAUCAGCGUCAUGUGGGACGAGCAAAAUGCUGGGCGAACCGCAGAUGAAGUUGCUGCCCAAGAUGCUCCUUGGUACCCACAAGUAUGGCCCUCUAUAUCCAAUGAUGAACUUGACAAACUCAAGACAAUAGCAGAAAGGAUGCCUCUAUUGAUUCAAAAGUUUGAAGUGAGAAGGAAGCAAAUGAGACCUCGACAUAACCCAACUGGAAUCUAUCACAAUUUGAACCAAUAUAGUACAACAACCUAG